AAUUUUACAAACUUAUUAAAGUACUGCAAUUAUGUACAUGAAUAUAAUAAUAUUCUUCUAGGAGUGAUUUAACAAUAGAAUAUCAAAAAGCAAUGACAUAAGGAAAAGUGCUUGAGUGUCAUUUAUAACAUCCAGGAUUAGGAUGCAUUUCUUUUGCUUUAUUGAAGUAUGAAAUAUUGUUUAACAUAUAUUUUUAGAUUUCUUUUGACAGGAAAACGAUUUUCUAUAUUUUUUAUACCAAUGCAUUUUAUUCCUAUCUUAAUUUUUAAAAGAAAAGAACUUAGAUCAAAGUAAUUCUUAAAUUAAAAUAGUCCAUUCAAUACACUUAAAAAGGCUUCUUAGAAUUGUUUGAAAUCUUUGCUUUUCCUAUCAUCAAUGGUAGGAAUCAUUAGAUUAACAAUAUGUUCAUUAAAAAAGUUAUAAAGACCAUUAGGAGGUAUUAUAUAUGAAAUUGAAAUUUAAAAGGAAUCGAUGGAUUGAUAAUUGGUACAUUGAGUGGAACUUCAAUAAUUUUAGAAUCAGAUGGAAGAGGAUUUGAAAUGACUCUUUAACUCUUUCCUCGUUUCUGUGAAGCAGUUUAUAAUCAUUUUCAUAAGAAAUUUCCAAAAUUAUAAAUGAAAAAUUUUGAAUUAUUACUAUUUAGUAUGUUGAUUGGACUUAUUCAUUAUUGUUAUUAACAUAAUGUAAUUUAAUAUUUAAAUAAUAGAAUUUAGUUAUUAAAUCAACAUAUUUAGCAUUAUUUAAAUAUUUUUGGGGAAAGAAUUGA